AUGACGUGGUCUACCGAAGAUCUUUCGGAAGAGUGUACCUUGGCACGUAGCCAGCUUCAACGUGCAAAGGGUGCGACCAAAGGGUGGAAGGAGUCCAACGGAUUCAACGGACACACGGUUAGGACGGAGAUCGCAGACGGCGAGCCGUCGCAACCGGUGGCGUUAGACGGCAGGAAGAGCAAGGACUACCGUGAAACGGAGAACAAGUAG